UGUCUGAACGAGGCCAUUUCAAAAGGUAUUUUGUAAGUGCCAGGCCUACCUAGAAGAUGGCGGACGUCAAAGGGAGCUCCGGUAAUAAAACGAGUGGGGUUGCCUUAUCCCAGCUUCCUUUGCAGCAGUUAGAAUAUUUAAGAGGGCAAAUAGAAGAAGAAGUCAAGAUGCUCACUGAAUCAGUUUCAAGACUAAAAGGAGCACAGCAAAAAUUUUAUGAUUCCAUGGACAAUGUUGGUAAACUGAGAGUCAAUAAAGAAGGCAGUGAAAUUUUGAUUCCCAUGACAAGCUCAAUGUAUGUACCAGGAAAGACUGAAAAUCUAAAGAAUGUUGUUGUUGAGAUUGGAACUGGUUACUAUGCAGAAAAGACACUUCAAGAGGCAGAUGAUUAUUUCAAACGAAAGAUUGAUUUUAUCACGAAACAGGUUGAAAAAAUACAACCAAUUCAUGCAGAAAAGCAGGCGUUCAUGCAAGCAAUCACUGAGACGAUGAACGCAAAGAUCCAGCAACAGCUGAGUACUUCGAAGCUCACAGAGCAGACAGCAAGUAUGAAGACCUGAAAUCUCUGCCGCACCUUAGCAUAAUGAGGUCCUGCCAUCAGUCAUUUCCUACAAACAAAAACUUGCGAAUACAAAGUCUGUCUUAAACAUAUUGUUAAUUCGUUUUUUCAAUGGAUGAUCUAUUUUGAGGCCAGUAUUUAAACCAGAUUUAAAGGAAACCAACUAAUAUCCAUAUUUUGCAUAUUAAUUGACUGAAUAUAAAGGUGUAGGUUUGA